AUGGAACCCAUUGUGAAAAUGCACAUCAAUGAAGGUACAAUUGAAUCUCCUGCGGUUCUAAGGCGUCUAGCGAGAACAUUAUCGGGACCGUUCGCUUUUCCAUUUUUCAAAUGAUUUAUACCUCUUUGAAUCAACUGUUCACUGAGAUUUAUCUCCGAAAUCGUACAAAAAAACAUUUUUGUAUGAAAAUCAUUUUAAACUUAAAUUUGAGGUUUAUUUACAUUAUGCUUGUGCAUUCAAACUGAGCAGCACACCUGAAAUCUUGAGACAAAAUAUUUUUCUGUCACUAAUUUUUUUACUGCUAACAUUCAUAUAGAUUCCUUGCCAAGGUCACACGUUCCUGCUCCGGUGCGCUACUUUGUUGGCCGUGAAAACGAAGUUCAGCAAAUAACGUCCUUGUUGACAUGCCGAUCCACUCGGCUUGUGAACAUCUGGGGAUCCCCAGGAUUUGGUAAAACUUCCACGGCUAUUGCUGUUGCACGUCACCUGCACUCUCUUGGGCACCCUGUGUAUUUCUUUAAAUUUCAAGGAAUAAGCUCAAUCGAUAAAUUUUACUCAAAAAUUCUAAGCAUUUUUAACUUAACAAAUGAUAAUAUUGCACCCGUGGAUAAAUUAGUCAGUGUAUUUAGAGGGGUCCCUUGCCACAUUUUUCUUGUUUUUGAUAAUCUUGACGAUCUUUUGGCAUGCAAAUCGGAUGAUACUGCCGACGUGGUCGUUCAGGUAAUUCGAGAAUUUCUGGAUUCCCAUGAGGACAUAAACAUACUUCUUACAACGAGAGAAUUUCUUGAGUCUCUCAGUUCGCAAAUUUCCGAGUUUGGGAGUUUAAGGAUUCGUCCACUGGAUCAGGCCUCGUCCAAUCGCUUUGUUCGAAACUUUAUCCCUGUUAUGACUGAAGAGUUAAUCACGAAAGUUACAAAAAUUUCUGGAAAUAUUCCUUUAGCCAUGAAACUCUUGGCCACUUUGAUUCAAAAUUGUUCCGAAAAAGAUGCCAAAAAGAUUCUUGAUGACAUACCUGUUUCAAAAGUACUCGGAAUGAUAGAAAACCCUUACGAAGAAAAGUUAAGAAAAUUAUUCGUUUCUUCGUUUGAUCACCUUUUACAGAGUGAACAGGAGGCAUUUGUUUCUCUAACUGUUUUUAGAGGAGAUGAUAUUGAUGUGGAAGCCGCCCUUGCAGUGGUUGGCGGGGACGAAUUUAAGGCUAGGCGCAGUCUAUCAACCCUUGUUAAUAAGUCUUUGAUUGAUCAGGAUUCUGGAGCCAAACUGGUUUCAGUUCAUCCUCUUUUGUACUCCUUUGCAAAGGAAAGAUCUAACCAGGAUGACCUUAAAAAUGCCACAGUUUCUUCUUAUAUUCGAUAUUUAAGAUAUUACUUGCGACUUUUUGAGAAAUUGAAUGAACUGGUACUUGCAGGCAAACCACUUGAUCGUUUUCGAGCAUACAAAGCUUAUGACAAUAUUGAAUAUAUUUUGUUUGAAAAGUUAAUAUUUUCUCUAACUUAUGAAGAUGUUUUAGAAAUAUUGACUAAAUCUGAACUGUUUCUGUAUUCACUUUACGCUGGCCCAUCUCAAAAUUACAGAGUGAAUUACCUGUAUGAUUUAGGCAUACGCUUUGCAGAGAAACGAAACAAGUCUCUUCACUGUAAACUUAUUACAAGCAAAUGCUUUGGCAGUACUACAAUGUUGUGUUUGUCGCCUGAAAUUUCGAAAGUAUCUGAGUCUAUUCGGAAGGAAGUUGCCUUGAUGACUGACGGUACUGCCGCAAAGUUUGCCUGUUAUGAGGGUUUAUACGAGAUUUCAAGCGGUAGGACGAAGAGCGGAGUUCUACGCGUUGAAAAAGGUCUUUUCGGGUUGAAAAGUUGCACCGACCAACAAACUUUGAAAUGCUUAUGCUUACAACUCUUAAGUUUGUAUUACAAGUUUGCAAAAGACCUUGAAAAAUGCGAACAGUUCAGUAAAAUGGCUUUUGAAGUAGCCAAACAGAUUGGCAAUUCCAGGCUAUUCUUAAUCGAUUAUUGUGAACCUGCGGAUAAGAACGGCGUUGACAAAUCGUUGGGUGACAACAAAUCUUUUCCUCAACCAUCAAUUUUACUCUUCCUCGCAUUCAGCCUCUGGGUGAAUAAUUUUGUAACAGACGAGAACAAGUAUAAUCUUUCAAGCUUUAUUUGUAAGUUGCAACAAGAAACAGAAGAAGAGUUGUUUGAUUCAAGUUAUCUAAUGCGGAUUCUCCGUUCUGGUGAUAUUGGUUUGGCGUAUCUCAGUACCAAGCAUAAAGCGAUGCUAGAUGAAGUCAUCCAAACGAUCAAAAACAAACUUAGAAUUAAAGAUAUCACUAAAGGUGGCAUGAUCGAUGUUGAUGUAAAGUCAAACAAGACUGCGAGGGCGAUGUUGCAUAGAUUGGGAGAAUGUUGUUUUUUAAGAGGUACUGGUCGCUCAAAUGAACCAGAUCUAAAUCGUCAGACACUGCAUGGCGCACUUGAGAUUUCACGCAAACUUUACGGAGACCAAUGCGAAAACGCCGCCCAAUGUUUCUACUAUAUAGGAGUCCUCGAAAAUAUUCAUGAGAAUUACGAUUCUGCUCUUGUGGCACAUGAACAAGCACUUAAGAUAAGACUGUCCUUGAGCAGUCAGCCUAACAGGGAAACAAGUUAUAGUCGCUCCCAGAUCGGGAAAACACAACGUAAUUUAGGAAACCUUAAAGAUGCGAUUGUUUCUUAUCAACUUGCACUCGACAUUUGGUUGGAAAUAGAAGGCAAUGUGAAUUACGAGGUUGCUAAAACCCAUUUUAAGAUAGGAAAUACACAACGCGGACUUGGCGAUUUUAUUGCGUCUCUUGAGUCUCAUCAACGUGCACUUGAUGUUAUGUUAAGAACACAGGGCGAAGUUAAUAAACUGGUUUUUAAAAUUUACUUAGGGAUGGCAGUCACUCAGAAAAUUAUUCAGGAUUACGUAUCGUCUCUUAAGUUACACAAGCAAGCUUUUGAUAUCAGAAAAAAGAUGGAUGAGGAAGAUGGAGAAUGGGUUGCAGAAAUGUACGGGUAUAUAGGACAUACGCAAAGCCUUCUUGAAGACUACAGCUCCUCUCUUGAUUCCUAUCAACGUGCCCUUGAUAUUAGGUUAAAAAUACAUGGCAACGAAAGCCAGUGGGUUGCUCAAAGCUACCACAGUAUAGGAGAGACGCAAAUGAAGCUUGGAAACAUUCCCUCGUCCUUCGAGUCAUAUCAACGUGCACUUGAUAUUAUGCUGAAACUGGACGGUGGAAAAAACCCUUUUACAUUUUCUGUGUACUUUGGGAUAGGAAUUGCACAUAUGAAGAUUGACAAUUACGCAGCUAGUAUUGAAUCGUUUCAACAUGCAAUGAAAUUUACCGAAGACACGGAGUCAGACGAACGGGCAGGCCGGUGUCUCUUUCAUACCGGAAUCGCUCAGAAUUACACGGGUGACUACAACUUGUCUACUAAAUCAUUUCAACGCGCGUUGAAAAUUUGCGACGAGCUGGGUGACCAUCCCUCAAUUUCUGCUUGCAUUUACAGCUGGAUAGGUCGUAAUUAUUACUCUAUGCAAAAGUACACAAAAGCGAUUCAGUCAUGUCAACGGUCGGUCGAUAUAAGCUUGGUCUCGCCCCAAAACAGAGAAGUGACGGCUGAGAGUUACUUUUGGAUGGCAAAGGCGCAAUUUGAAAACGGGAUGCAUAAUGAUGUUGCCAUAAAAUCACUAAACAACGCAAUUCAAUUGUUCAAAUUACUAGGGAAACAACAUCGGCUUAUGAUUCACAGCUACUAUUUGAUGGGAAUCAUUCAAAUCAGAACAAGAGAUCAUGCUUCGGCUAUUCAUUCCUUUGAAAUAAUGCUGAAGAUAUCAGAGGCCUCUGGCAAAAAAGAUAUGACAACGGCGGACUGUCACUUUCGAUUAGCAUGUGCUCAAUACUACCGUGAGGCUUAUAAAGAAUCUCUUACUUCGAUGUACGCAGCUCUUAAAAUAUCACUUGAUAUAAAUGGUAAAAUGAAUGCUACUACCGCUGAAUAUUUUUGCUUCAUUGGAAAGAUAUGUAAAAUGUUGGGCAACAGACUGGUGGCAUUGUCUAACUUCAAAACGUCACUUCGUAUUUGCAUGGAUAUAUUUGGUGAAAAUCAUCCGGAUACCAUGGAGAGUCUUAGUGAAGUACAAGACGCUUCGACGAGUUAAAUAGUUAAAAUGCUUGGCAAAGGGUUGUAUAAAAUUCCUUGUUUGAAUGUGUCCUUUAAGCGUAGUAGUCACUUGUAUAUAUUGUAGUAAACAAUCCAAAUUUAAUUUGGUAAUUUAAUAGAUUCACUAUUCAAUUUACAAGUGUAUUUGUAGUUAGCUCUUGAAAUAAUUUAACGAAAGGUUUUUACUGUUCCUCUUUUGUUUUCAAAGAUUGCCACAAAAGAAAACGCUUAUGCACUGUUUGCUUUCAGAUUGGUUUAAAAUGUUCUGCGUAACUCACAUAUUCUGAAUCCUCCGUGUCAUUUUCGUUGGUUUUUGGUGUCUUAGUUUCAGCUCCAAUUUUAGUUUUAUCCUAUUUUAUUUUUAUUCGUAUUAUGGAAAUCCGUGUACCGC